AUGGAACCCCAGAACCGAACCAGUGCCUCUGAGUUCCUCCUCCUGGGACUUUCAGAAAAGCCAGAACACGACACUCUCCUCUUCUCCCUGUUCCUGUGCAUGUAUUUGAUCACAGUGGUGGGCAAUUUAUUAAUCAUCCUGGCCAUCUCCUCGGACCACCGCCUUCACACGCCCAUGUACUUUCUCCUGGCCAACCUCUCCCUGGUGGACCUCUGCCUGGCCACGGACACCAUCCCCCAAAUGCUGGUAAACAUCCAGACCAAGAACAAAGCCAUCUCCUAUCCCUGCUGCCUCACCCAGAUGUAUUUUUUCCAUUUCUUCGGCAUCAUGGAUAGUGUCUUAAUCUCCGUGAUGGCUUACGACCGCUUUGUGGCUAUUUGUCACCCUCUGCACUACACCACGAUCAUGAGCCCACGCCUCUGUGGAUGGCUGGUGGGGGGCCCAUGGGUGUUCUCCUGUUUUGUGUCCCUCACCCACAUCCUCCUGAUGGCCCGGCUGGUGUUCUGCGGCCACAACGAACUGCCACACUAUUUCUGCGACCUCACCCCUCUCCUCCGCCUCUCCUGCACCCGCACUACAGUGAACAAGAUCUUCGUGCUCCUUGUCGCCGGCCUGGUGAUCGCCACACCAUUUGUCUGCAUCCUGGCCUCUUACACGCACAUCAUUGUGGCCAUCCUGAAGGUCCCCUCAGCCGGCGGCAGGAAGAAGGCCUUCUCCACCUGCAGCUCCCACCUCUCGGUGGUCACCCUCUUUUAUGGGACCACCAUUGGGGUGUACCUGUGUCCUUCGUCCGUCCGCACGGCUGUGAAGGAGAAAGCUUCUGCGGUGAUGUACACAGCCGUCACUCCCAUGCUGAACCCCUUUAUCUACAGCCUGAGGAACAGAGACCUGAAGGGGUCCCUGAAGAAACUCGUCAAUAGGAAAAUCACAUCCUCUUCCUGA